AUGACUGUUGAUUUAGUUCCUGGUACAGUUCAUCUUGUUGAUGUUUUAGGCAAUUUAAAUGUUGAAAAAGAAGGUUCUGGUGAUAUUAUUUUACAUCCACAACCAUCUUCAAACCCAAAUGAUCCAUUGAGAUGGUCAAAAACUAAAAGAAAUUUACAAUUUGCUCUUGUUUGGUUUUGGGGUUUUAUGGUAGCUGCUUCAACAAACUUUUCUGGUCCUUUAUUUGACAUUUGGAUAAAUGAAUUAAAUACUACUUUAAAUCAAUUGGGUAUUUCAAUAGCUUUGGGUUUUUUAUUUCUUGGUGUUGGAGUCGCUAUAGUCAAUCCUACUGGGCUUAAACUCGGUAAACAAUUUGUGUAUAAUUGUUGUACUAUAAUCAUGAUAAUUGCAAGUAUAAUUGGAUCCCAAGCCAAAGAUAUUAAUUUAAUUUAUGUUUUUAAAAUCUUAGUUGGAUUCGCUGCACUGCCGGUUGAUUCAUUAGUUGAAAUUACCUCUACUGAUUUAUAUUUCCAACAUGAAAGAUCUACUGCUUUUAGUUUAUUAAUUUUAGCAUUAUAUGGUGGUUGUGAUUUAGGUCCAGUUGCUGCUGGGUAUAUAGCGGAAAAUGCUGGUUGGAAAUGGUGUUUUUGGGUUCAAGUAAUAAUAUAUGCUGCGUUACUUGUAAUACAAGUCUUUGUUAUGGAAGAUACUACAUUUAGGAGAGAUUUUGAAAAAGAUGAUAAAUUAGAAAAAUCAAUUGAGGAUAAAGGUGGAUUUAUUAUUGAAGAAUCAUGUACAAUUAUCGAAUAUGAAGAGAGUUCAUGGUUGGAGAAAAGAAAUUGGGUACAUACAAGUGAAAAUGAUGAAAGACAUUGGACAACAAUUUUCAUUCGACCAAUUUUUUUAAUCACUUUCCCAUCUACAAUUUAUGCUGCUGUUGUUUAUGGCUCCCAAAUGAUGUGUAUGAGAUUUUUUGAUAUUAAGGUCCCUCGUGCCUUGUUUUGUAAAAGUUUUUACUAACGAAUUUUAGGGUUAUCAUUUAUUUCAAAUACACAAAGUGCAAUUUAUACUGCAGAACCUUACUAUUUUUCAACUAAAUUAACAGGUUUAACUAAUCUUGGUGCUUUUUUGGGAAGUGUAAUUGGAAUGUUUUAUGGUGGGAAUUUUGUUGAUUAUUUUGCAGUCAAAAUGGCAAGAAGAAAUAAUGGAAUUUUAGAACCUGAACAUAGAUUGUAUACAAUGAUAGUUCCCACAGUUUUGAAUGCAGCUGGAUUAUUAGCUUAUGGAUUAGGUUCUUAUUAUAAAGCUCAUUGGGCAAUCUCGGUAGUUAUAGGUCAAGGUUUACUUGGAUUUGCAAUGAGUAGUUCAGCUGCAAUUUGUUUAACUUAUGCAGUUGAAUGUUAUCAUAAAUUAACUAGCGAAAGUUUAGUAUUGAUCUUAUUUAUUAGAAAUAUGUUCGGUAUGGGAUUUUCAUUUGCUAUUUCGCCAUGGAUAGCUCGAAACGGGUUGCAAUUGACAACUUGGAUAAUGUUUAUGUUAUCAAUUGUUAUUAAUGGAUUCUUUAUUGUAUUUAUAAUCUAUGGUAAGUCAUUUAGACGUUGGACAAGGGUAAAAUAUGAAAAAAUUUCAAACCCACAAUAUGGUAAAUUUAUAUAAAUAACUAUAAAACUUAGUAAUAUAUCAGAAAGUAUGAUUUGAAAAACUGUUUCUAUUACUAUUUGCUCUUUAUGAUAUUUAUAGUUAUCGUAAAUUUUUUCAUCCUUUUUUUCAAACCUUAUUCAUGCUUUGGCAUCAACAUCUAUUUCUUUGAUUUCUUGAUACCACCACCUAAAAGAGCUUUUUUACCUCCUGCUCCUAGUGUCUUUUGAAGAUCCUUCUUAGCUUGGGCAUCAGCUUUUUGUUUUUCUUUAAAAUUCAAAUCAUCUUCAUCAUCUUCAGCUUUUGAUUUUUUUGGUGCCUUUAAUGGUUUAGCUUUUCCACCUUGACGACCCGACAUAAUUCAACUUCUUUAUAAUACUUUGACCAAAUUAUAUAACCAACUAACAAUGAUUAAUUGUUAAGGAGUAAUUUCUUGGGAUGGUGGAAAAUUGAUAUUUUUUUUUCUUUUUUUUUUUCCUCCAACAAUCAAGAAUUGAUAAAUGGGUAUUUUAACAACUCAAGAUAAGGAAAAGAUUAAAAGGGUUAUACCCAAAGCAAGUAAUAAAAUUAUAGAUGCAACAGUUGCAAGAUUAUAUAUAGCUUAUCCUGAUCCAACAAAAUGGAUUUAUACUGGUUUAUCAGGAGCAAUUGUAUUAGUUGAUGAUUUAGUUGGUCAUACUUUCUUUCUCAAAUUAGUUGAUAUAAUUGGCCAUAGAGGUGUUUUAUGGGAUCAAGAAUUAUACAUUAAUUUUGAUUAUCAUCAAGAUAGAAAGUUUUUUCAUACAUUUGAGAUUGAAGAUUGUUUAGUUGGUUUAUUAUUUGAAGAUACAAGUGAUGCAACCCAUUUUUAUAAAAGAGUUACUAAUAAACAAAAAUAUGGGUCCAAUGCCACUGUAAAAAACAAGAACGCAAUAAAAUUAAAAGAACGAGCUGUUGAAAAAAGUCAUGCACCAGGUCCAAGAGGUGAAUUUAUUGAUUCAAAUACGGGGCAAAGACAAAGAAGAUAUAAAGGAGUUUUAUAUUAUGAUGAUGUACCACCACCUGAAUGGAGAGGAUUAUAUUCUGAAUUAGAAGCUGCUGGAAUAACUGAGGAUAUGAUUGCAGAAAAUAGAGAAUUUAUUAAAGAUUAUAUUGCAAAACAACCAAAUCAUCCAUUAAAAGGUUUAGAACCACCAAUUCCAAGAAAUUAUCAUAAACCAGAAUCAAAACCUUCAAUAAAGAAAACAAAAGCUCCACCACCACCACCACCUCCAACAGAUUCGGUGCAAAGUUCAAUGCAAAGUUCAGUGCAAAGUCCAGUGCAAAGUCCUGCCUAUUCUGAUUCUCCAGAACCUGAAGUUUCAACACCAGAAGAACCAAAGAAUGAACCAAAGAAUGAACCAUUUAAACCAAAAUUUAGACUUCCACCAGCUGAUGCUUUUGCUCCAAUACCUACAAAUAAACCAUUACCAACACCACAACAACAAACACUGUCUCCUCAACAGAAUCAUCCACAAAAUCAACAACCUCAACAAAAUUAUCAACAAAAUUCAAGACCUAUUCCACAACCUCCAAGUAGUAACAAUGUACAUAACGCUCCACCAGCAUUCAAUUAUUCACAUCAACAACCUCCAAGUAGUAGCAAUGUACAUAACGCUCCACCAGCAUUCAAUUAUUCACAUCAACAACCUCCAGCACCUCCAAUGCGUGGUAAUCCUCCACCACCACCUCCAAGAGGUCAACAAACUCAACAACAACCAUUUCAACAACAGCAACCUCCUCAAUUUCAACAACAUCCAUCAUUACCCCCAAGAAAUAAUCAAUCAGGACCACCACCACCACCACCAAGAGCAAGUAGAGGAGGUGCUCCUCCAGCACCACCACCACGAGCAAAUAGACCUAGUCAUCAAUCAUUACCUCAAGUUAGUUCACCACCUCCACCACCUAGAAAUAUACAACCAAAUUCACACCCAGUUGCACCUCCAUUACCUCAACAAAAUCAACAACCACCACCACCACCUCCAUUACCUCAGCAGAAUCAACAACCACCUGUUGCUCCUCAAUUACCUCAACAAUCUUCUUCAAUGCCACCACCACCACCACCACCUCCAAUGCCAUCUAAUGAUAAUGGUACUUUCGUUGAAGCUACUGGUAAUGCUGGUAGAGAUGCUUUAUUAGCUUCAAUUAGAGGUUCAGGUUUAGGGUCAUUGAAAAAGACCAAUAAUUUACAAGAACAAGAAAAUAGAAUUAAACCAAAUGUGGCAGGUACAACAUCAACAGCUUCUAAUUCUUCAGCUCCACCUGAUAAUGGUAAUAAUGCUUCAUUGGCAGAUGCUUUAGCUUCAGCUUUGAAUAAGAGAAAAGGAAAAGUUAGACAGAGUGACGAUGAAGAUGAUGAAGAAUGGUGA